CCAAAACAUGUGCAACACCAAAGAAUUCGCAAUGUUUCUCGCCAUUGACUACCUUUAUCCUCUUGGGUGAUUGGCCAUGGAGCGAACAGCAGAGGAUAGACACAACAACCCGCAUUCAGCUCUUGAGCUGGAGAGGUUUCAUACACCAAAAGAAGAGUUCCAGACCCAACCACAUCAUGACUACCAACGAGAUGAAUCGAAUCCUCUCUGCAGGUCAAACUCAACGCCAACGCCAGGCUCGCCACAACAAUCCGAUAAAGCAAUACACCAUCGACGACCAAGUAGGGCGAUUGCUCUAGAGAAGCUUCGAAACCGUCCAAAGAAGCUACGGAAGGCUCUAAUUGCAAAUAUCUUGAGAUGGUUCGCUUCUGUACUGUUUGUCGUCGCCAUUUACGUUAUAUUAUGGUACUACUCGAAGCUAGAUAUCAUGUCAACAACAACAAAGCGAGAAUUCAACGCUCUUAUUAUCGGACUCUCCCUCGGUCUUGGAAUGAGCAUAACGAUAUCUCUGGAGGCAAUGGCUGUGGAGAUAAGGUAUUGGAUAAUCAGUCUUCGAGACUGGUCCGAUCGAGAGACUGAGUUGAUAUUGAAAGCAAAGGACUUGACCAAGAUCAUCCAACUAACCUGGGUAUCUAAAUCACGUUCACUACGGUCGUACGCUGUAGCUUUUAUAAUACUCAACAUAGUAUCCCAGAUUGCCUUGGCGAUGCUAGGUCUCGUCUACUCAACAAAUACAGCCGACUCGGCUGCAAUUCUACAUCCUGGCAAUGUCACAAUACCAGACAUGUCCAACAUCGCCACAAACAGAGUUCUCUCAAACAAGUCACAAAACAACUCACAAGCGCUCGGUGCCUUGCGAUAUACUGCAAACAGUUAUGGCACUAUCGCUCUUGGAGCUGUCUGGGGAGGCAUGGACGAUAUUCCUAAACCUGGAACACUGUGGGACAACAACGAUCCUUUGGCAUUCUGCGGCGGAAAAUCUUGCACAUUCGUCUUCCAGGAAUCGGCUUCAAGACCUAAGAAAUACGAUCUCGUGGUGAGCACCAACAGGAGCGUUGAGGCCACAGGGUAUUGCCGCAGCUGGAAAGUCGCAAAAGGAGGCAACGGAAACGAAAUCUCCAUCACAAUCGACGAUGAUAAGAAAACAAAAGUCAACAUCACAGCCAUAAACGGCGUCAACCAAACAACCUUCAUGUUCAACGCCGCGGCACCCCAAGGCCAAACAUGGAGCGAAGUCACGGCCUUUGAAGCCUCAAGUUCUCAAGCAUGGUUCUACCGCUGCAACGUAAGCGUAGCACCCGUCGUCAACGCCAUACGCAAAGAGCACUACAUCGGAACCAACAUCACGUCCCUGGCUACGUCAGCUAUAGCGCUACAAGGAUAUGGAGCUUCUUCGCUAGGUCCUACGAAUAGCGAUCGACAGUUCCAGAGUUAUCCUGCCGAGUCCUCGUAUGGACAGCCCCUGAAUGGGAGUACAGAAGAUAUGGGGCAGUUGAUGUCGGCUUUCGCGAUUGGUGUGAUAGCUGUUACGGCGCAGGCUGCUACCGGCAUAAUAGUUCCGGGGAUGCAGCCUGAGAAUGGCGUUGUGUUGCAGAUUACUAAGUGGAUGUAUGUCCAUCUCAUCUUGGGGUUGAGUUUGGGUGUGCAGUUGUUAUUGGGUGUUGGUAUUGCGAUACUGUCCAACCUACCUUCGAGGUAGUUGCCACGACGUUUGAAAGUGCAAUGGUGUUUGCUUUAAAUUAUGGUUAUAUAGGCAAGCGAAUAAUGAUGAGAUUUUGACCAACCCAUAAAUACCAUUGAGUAUGUUAUCCACG